AAUUUGGUGGUUCUAUUUUAUCGCCAUUAGAUAUUCCAUAUGAAAGAUCGUUCUUAAUUUAUACGGUCCAUUAAUUAUAUUGUAUCCCAAUCGUAAUACUAAAUAUUUAUAAAAAAAUUACAUCCAGUUGUUUGAAGUGACCAAAAAUUAAAAAGAAGGAAGGAUCCCCUACUAAUAACUUAUACCAAUCAUGUUACCUCGAUCGUAUUACACCGAUCACGACAUCCGUAAGCGACAGAUCGACACGCUGAAAGUAUUCAACGCGAAUGUUGCCGAAAUCAAAGAGUUUAGCGAGUACAAAGUUGAAUUUACAGCAAACUCCAGGAACAUGGCUUUAAAUAUCGUCCUGCCACCGGAAUUUCCCAAUGAGAAACCAGCUAUAUUCAUCAACCCAGCCUUUCCUCAUCCAUGGUUAGCCGAAAAUUCAAAUCAGGUUAUAGGAGCUCCAGGGUUGAUAAAUUACACAUUACAUUCUGAUUUGGGACGAGUGGUUCAAGCGAUUAUAAGGGAGUUCCAAAGAUCCGCGCCAAGUAUACCUAGUGAAGACAAGUCGACGGACACAAGCCCCCAAUCUCAUAUAAGUGUGAAUUCCAUGAUGUUUCCGGAGCUUAGUGAGUUAACAAUAGAAGAGUUACAGGAGAUAUUGGAAAACCCAGAUCUGCAGGACAAGCUGUUGGAAAACAAUCCGCAGUUGACGGAGAUUGAUCUAGAAACAGAGGAACUAAUGACCAGCAUAGAGGAAAUCGCUCAGGACAACCUAGCGAAACAGCAAAUGCUGGACGAAAUGAAAUCCAAGGUGCUGGACCGGAUCUCCACCAUCGUCCAAAUGAAGAUGAAUUACGAAGCGCUGAAUAGGAAGUACCAGAAGAUGUCGGAGAUGUACGACCCUCACAGGAUACGGGAUCGCUUGAAGAAUGCGGCGAUGCAGGCCGACGAGGACGCCGAAGCGAUCGCCGAACAGUUUUUGUUAGGUACAAUAUCCGUAGAGUCAUUUAUCCUGAAGUUUGCCGAAAAGCGUGCCCUCGGACAGGCAAGGCGCGCCCGAGAAGAGAGACUGGCGCAUCAACUUGCCCAACUGGAUAAAGCGACGACAUGAACCAGCCGUGCCGUGCCCUCCCGUGCCAUGUCAAAACUUGUCAUGACAUGCAAUGUCAAGUCUUGUCAUGUCAUGCUCAACUGUCAGUGACAGUAAUGUUUAAAUGUGUCAUUUUAUGAUGUUAUGAUUGCGGCCGGUUUCAUCACUUUGUUUUUAACAGUUUUUUUCGUUAUCUCAUAAUAUGUUUUUCAUAUUGACUGUGAUUUAUGAUAAAUAAUUAAUCUUGAAGCUGCGAUACCAGCCUCUCAUGUUUUUAGCCCUUGUUUUAUUUUGCAAAGGGCAGAUAUUUGAAUCCUGGGUUUUAACUAGUCUUUCCAAUUUACUGUACUUACAAUUUACAUCGUUUGAGGUCCAGUAUCCUUUUCCUUACCCUUCCUAGUCCUUUCCUUUAUUCCACUCAUCAAGACUUUCUCUAUCCCACAUUUUUUAAAGUCGGCAAUCCAUUUGCAGAGAUAUAAGCCCUCUGUAAAUGGCCUUACGCCUCUGCAAAUGUUCAUGGGCGGUGGUAGCGUUUACCAUCAGGUGACCCACCAGCUCCAUUUUUAACUAUGCCUACGCAGACACAUAACUGGCCAAAAUAUAGCAGAAAAAAAGUAUUGUAAAAAUGUGAACUCCUAUAUAAAAAAUAUGAUGAAUUAGGUCAUCUGUCAUGUGGACUAUUGAAACCUCAUAGGAGACUGUGUGAUGUAUUCUCGCAGUGAAAACAAAUAUGGGCUGAUGAUGAUGAAGAUGAACGAUGAUUCAUAAAGAACCUUUUAUACACUUAGAAAUAAAUUUAACAUUCCAAUAACUUUUUAUAAUACCUUUAGAUGUUUCAUUGUUUUAUCUGUAUCGCCUGGUGAUAAGAUACCAUAUUAAAAAAGUAACUGAGUCUUACAAGCAACUUUGUACCAUAGACUAUAGAUAGAGCAGAGGAGCUAUAGAAGAGAGAGAAGAUCACGAUCGCUAUCUCUGUCGCACAUGCACAUUUAGCAUGGAAAAGAGUAUAUUAGAUAUUUAUAUUCGACGUCGGUUUAUGCGACUGUAGAAAGAGACAGAUAGGGUGCCGCGAGUUUUUCUCCCUUUCUACGGCGUUUAUUGUCGCUUACAAAUGUUACUUUAUUUAUAUCCAUUCUUCGAUAUUUUUUAUACCAAUAUGUAAGUUUUAUAUAAUUAAUAUACACAGCCACUUAGCACCAGGCAGCAUACGUAAAUUAAUAUUUAUUAUAGAUUUAAGGUCCGUAUGAUUUAGGGACAAGUUGCAAUAAAUAUAGCUUUGUAAAUUAAUGUUGUAUGUUUUCAUGGAUAAAAUGAUGUUCCAUAAAAA